AUGACCCUCCUCACCAACGCCCGCUCAGUAACAUGUAAAGCAAUCAGAAAAGCAACUACAAGUGCGACCCCACGAACCCUCCUCCUAACCUUCGACGCCUUCGACGCCCUCUUCCACCCCCGCAAGCCCGUCACGGAGCAAUACGCCAGCACGGCCCACGAAUACGGCCUUUCCAAAACAGAAAUCACGCCGGAGAAGCUCAAAGCCGCAUUCAAAGAUGCCUUCCGCGCCCAGAUACAAGAUACCCGAACUAUGGUCGCGCCGAUGUCCUGCGUGGCCGCUACGGCGGUCCAAAACAAUGGUGCGGAAGGAUACGCGCUGUACGAGGAUGUUGCGCCGUUUUUCGCGCGGAUGCGUGAGCUGAAGGCUUUGUCUGGCGGUCCCUUUCAGCGCGUCGUUGUUGGUCUGAUUUCCAACUCUGAUGAUCGGGUGCCGGAUGUGCUUAAGUAUGGCGUUGCCGGGUUUUGA